AUGGGCAACUGUUGCUCUCAUGGCAAGAGAAAUGGUGCGCCCAAAAACCGAAAAGGAGAAUCCUUCCUAGAAAACACCAACAAUGCAUGCAACGGCAGCACUCCCAGGAACUCCACCAGCCAUGCAAAGCCUCAUGCUCCGUCGGCUGCCGCACCCGGCACUCCUACCCGGCCCUCCAAGCCCGCGCCGAUCGGCCCCGUAUUGGGCAGGCCGAUGGAAGACGUCCGGUCGAUUUACUCGAUCGGAAAAGAGCUCGGCCGGGGCCAGUUCGGGGUCACCCAUCUUUGCACCCACAAGGUGACGGGCGAGCAGUUUGCUUGCAAGACCAUAGCCAAGCGAAAGCUUGUGAACAAGGAGGACAUUGAGGACGUAAGGAGGGAGGUCCAGAUCAUGCACCACUUGACCGGGCAGCCCAACAUUGUGGAGCUCAAGGGCGCGUAUGAAGACAAGCACUCGGUCCAUCUGGUCAUGGAGCUGUGCGCAGGAGGAGAGCUUUUCGAUCGGAUUAUUGCCAAGGGGCAUUACACGGAGCGCGCUGCGGCUUCGUUGCUGAGGACGAUCGUUCAGAUCGUGCACACGUGCCAUUCCAUGGGAGUCAUUCACAGGGACCUCAAGCCUGAGAAUUUCCUUUUGCUCAACAAGGAUGAGAAUUCACCACUCAAGGCUACGGAUUUCGGUCUCUCUGUUUUCUACAAACAAGGAGAACUAUUUAAAGAUAUUGUUGGUAGCGCAUAUUACAUUGCACCUGAAGUGUUGAGGAGGAGAUAUGGACCAGAAGUCGAUAUUUGGAGUGUUGGGGUCAUGUUGUAUAUUCUUCUAUGUGGAGUUCCUCCUUUUUGGGCUGAAUCGGAGCAGGGGAUAUUCAAUGCCAUCUUACGUGCCCACGUUGAUUUUACAAGCGACCCAUGGCCCUCGCUUUCACCUGCAGCGAAAGAUCUUGUCAGGAAGAUGUUGCAUUCAGACCCCAAGCAGAGGCUGACAGCCUUCCAAGUUCUCAAUCAUCCAUGGAUUAAGGAGGAUGGAGAAGCACCAGAUACUCCUCUUGACAACGCAGUGCUGAGUAGGCUCAAACAGUUUAGAGCUAUGAAUAAGUUCAAGAAAGUUGCUCUUCGGGUGAUUGCCGGCUGUUUAUCAGAGGAAGAAAUCAGGGGGUUGAAAGAGAUGUUCAAGGGGAUGGAUACUGACAACAGUGGAACUAUAACACUUGAAGAGCUGAAGCAAGGACUUGCAAAGCAAGGGACAAAGCUGUCUGAAUAUGAAGUUAAACAAUUAAUGGAAGCUGCUGAUGCUGAUGGCAAUGGGACUAUAGACUAUGGUGAGUUCAUCACAGCAACGAUGCACAUGAACCGGAUGGAUAGAGAGGAGCAUCUUUAUACUGCCUUCACAUUCUUCGAUAAGGACAGUAGCGGGUACAUUACGACUGAAGAGCUAGAGCAAGCUCUCCGCGAGUAUGGCAUGCAUGAUGGAAGGGACAUAAAGGAAAUAAUUUCUGAAGUUGACGGCGAUAACGAUGGCCGGAUCAACUACGAUGAAUUUGUUGCGAUGAUGAGAAAGGGAAACCCAGAAGCAAACCCCAAGAAGCGACGUGAUGUAAUUAAUCUUUGA